AUGAUUGUUCGGACCACAGUUGAAAAUUUAACAGGAAUUACGAUAUACCUAGGGAACAUGGUUGAAUUGAAUGGAGAAAACUUAGGAAAAGCACAUCAAGAAUUACAUAUUAAAGUGCAAGAACUUGUCGAGAAUGAAACUAAAUUGGAGGAUAUAAAUGAUAAUGAAAACAGCUACAUAGACAAAAUAUUAAAGAUCCGUGUUGCCUCUAAAUUAAAAAACAUUUAUUAUAUAUUAGAGGUAAUGAAAUGUGGAGAUAGUUUAUGUAUUUCACAUGCCUUGAUGUGUGAAUGGAUAUAUGAUGAUGCUUUUUCCAACAUUAUUAACCCAGAUUACCUUCACCACGACGUCUUUCCUCUUAUGUCUUUAAAAAUGAAGAAUAAGAUGUUGAACAAAAUUGCUGCAAAUGUCAGGAAUGAGACCAGAGCAGCUGCUUUCUUCACAUACUGCAAGAGCCUUAGAAUAGAACCUGUAGCACAAAAAUUUCUCUAUUUUACAUCAGAUUCAUUUAAGUCAAAUUUGAUUGAAAACAAAUAUCAAUUGAACAAUAUUGAUUCCAAUUUGAAAUAUUUAAUAGGAAAUUCAAUUGAUUUGGCAGUGUUAUUUAUAUCUCAGAUAGAAUUUGAUACUGCCAAAGAGGACUACUUAAUGCAACUGGCUUAUUUGUAUACAGUCGAUGCAGAAAAAUAUUUAAAUUUGUUUGAAAAAAAUAUAAAAACAAAUCGUGGAAAACGGUUUGGUGGUAGGAUGUCUAAAAGUAUCCUGACAAAUCAUAAAACCAGAGUUCUUAACUUGCCCAGUUUAUAUAUUCAUAAACUUAACAAAUAUAUGCUAGUUCGUCACAGCACUAGUGAAGAUGCAAAGAAAUAUAUUGCAUCACUGCUACCCACAGACUUAGAGAAAUUCUGGAAAAAUGAUUUUUAUGGUGCUUACAGUUAUAUUUUUAAUAUGAUUCCUAAAAGUGAAGCCUUUAAAUUCUUCAAAAAUUCUUUCAAAGCCCUGUAUGGUGACAAACCAUUUGAAAAAACUUGUGAAUUUUAUCACUUUCGUUAUUACGAGCUCUUUUGUGAAGAAGAUAAAGAAAAAUGGGCAUUACAGCAGAUUGAGGAUAGCGCAGAGUUACUAGGGACCAAUAAGGACUACAUCUGGUUUAAAUUUGUCAACUUUGAUCAAGCAUUAGUUGCUAUUAAAAAGUAUAUAUUGGUGACAGCCGAUGAGGAUGAUAGAAAUGAAAUGGCCAUGGUGCUGAUUAAGUCUUGUAAAAAUCAAAAGGACUUACAAAAGCUAUUUGAAUACUAUUAUGAAAGGUUUGUUAAUGAAAGUGGUCAUCAUAAAGAAAAUUUUAUAGACCAAGUUGUUGAAAAUCAUAAUAUAUUUCAAUUUGAUGAACAAUGCUGGACGGCAUUCAAUAAAAUCUUAUACAGCUUGCAAGUAUACACCCCGGGUUUUUUUGGAAAGAAUAAAUAUAGAACGUUUUGCAUCAUCUAUAACAUAAUUCAUAAAAAUGAAAUGCAUACUGCUUUAACACAUUUCAUGGACUCAGAAAUUAUGCCUCUUCGUUGGAUACAACGUCACUCAAAGAACCUAACCAAAGAGCAAGUAGAUGAUAUUUAUCAGUAUCUUUUUGAUUAUUAUGUCAAGCAAUUUCAUGCAACUGAAGGUAAGAAAAGUAAGGAAUUAAAAGAGAAGAGGAUAGAUUCUGCUUCAAGACUUCUUCACCUUCUUGAGAACUUUAAUAAAAAGAUAGAUGAUAUACCUGAAGUAAUAUUAAACUUUGUUGAAGAAAAUAUUAAGAAUUUCAAACAUAUGGAUUUGUUAAAAGACAAAAGAGUUACAGAAGCAUCUCUUAUGCGUCUUCUAAAGAAGGACAAGAAUUUGGUAAUCACAAAACUACCGGAGGUAAUGAUAGAUUCAAAUUAUGACCAAAUAAAAUUGACUACACUAUUAAAGAAAGUUAAAGUUUAUUUUCCGAAUGAUAUAGCGAUUGAAAUUCUUAAGUUUUUCGAUGAACAUAUAAAAAAAUCAAAAGAAAAUGAUUGGAAUAUGAGAACAGCUGUUUACGCUGUUUUCAUUUUAGGCAAUGAGGUGUAUAAAAAGCAAUUGUUGGCUAAGUAUUCCCCAACUGAACCAAAAAUUGACCAUAGCAAGAUUGAUAGAAACCUAUUGGGUAUUCAAGAAGCAAUAUGUCGAUUUGCUUGUUAUUCCUUCCCACCAGUACCUUUGAAUGCUAUAAUGCCCUAUAUCACUGGUGACUAUGUCCACUUUUGCCUUCCGAUGUUUAAUAUGUAUUUGUCUAAUCUUCCAUUGCCCCUAUCAAUAAAAUUCAUUACAGCUAUUUUAGAGGCCCCUAUUUCCAUUCAAAAACAUGGCAUAAGAAUGGCCUUCAAAGCAUUCACAACAGAAAAUUUAAAACUCUUAAUAACAGACGUCUGGCGAAAGACAAAGAAUGUUUCAUUAAGGCAGGUUAUGUAUAAGGCACUGGUGACUAAAAUAGAUCAGAGCAAUGAAAUUACUCAGGAUGAAUUAUUUGAUACCCUGAAUAUGUUUACUUCAACGUUACACACGGACGACCAAGAUGGUGUCUUCAGCCUUAUAACGUCUAAGCAAAUUCCAGAUAGAUUUAGAGGUAAAUUAUUGGAAACCACUUGGAUGUCCGUUAAGAAUUUGUCACACAAGAAGUCCAAAAACAUUUUGAUCAAAAUAAGAAUAGUCAGAAAAAUCGAACAAUAUAUUAAGUUGGUAGAUCGUGCCUUUUGCAAGAAAGAAAUAGUGCAACUGCACAUUGAUAAUAUGUUGGUGAAAAAACAAAUCCAAGAUUCAUUUACUGUAUACGAAGAUGACCUUUUUAAAGAAAUGUGGUCUUUAACCUCGAUGUUUCUGAUUUCUUGUAAAGAUGAAAGUGAUCUAAAUGAAUCAUUGACUCUUAUUGAUGUUGUCUAUAAAGAGACGUUUGAUCAAUGGAGUUAUGUGUCAAAGGAUAAUAUAUACGUCGUGAUGAGAUUUUGCUUUGAUUUUAUAAAUAACAUUAAAGAGAAAAGCUUUGAAGAGUCCCAAAUGGACAACGUCUACAUUAUCCCUAUUCUGGAACACAUUACAAAAUUGCUUGAAGAAUUUCCUUUAGCUCACAAAAUAUAUGUACCUUUUUUUAAAGUAAAAUUUUAUACAAAUAUUAGAAAGAUAAUGGAGAAGACGUUAACAGAUGCUGAACAUACAUCAAAAUUUGUUGUUAAUUCACUGGUGAAAUUAAUAGAGGAUCUUAAAACUAAAGAUAAAUUGGCUGAAAGCUUACUUGAUACCUUGAGCGAUAUUGUAAGCAAUAUCCUUCGCGACAUGGCACUCUUGUUAAAGCAGAAUGCAGAUAUACUUAUCGCAUACGUUUGUAUUGAUCUUCUCGAAAACAGUUUCUUUAAUAUUCUUUUAAGUAUCGCUACAAUGCCUUUGGACCCUUAUUACAGUGAAACAGAUAUAACUUUGUUCCGGGAACUACAAACAAGAUUCAUUAAAAAGAUAAAUAAUAUCAAUAACUUUGACAUCCAAAGUUAUUACUUCAAUAAGUUUGUUGCUAACGAUUUUCGUAAGAGGGUUGAAAGUUAA